ACUUUUGAAGAUGCUGUGGAGAAUGUACAGAUCACAAAACCUGAAGACCUUAAUUCCUGUAUACAAGACUGUCAUGUUGCUCUGAAGUUGUUUCUUAAUAAUAGAUUCACAGAAGCAAAGAAUAGAAUGGAACCUUGCAUUGACUGGAGUAUGUACCAUGCCUUGGGAUAUGGGACCAUUAUGUAUAUACAGGCUGUGAUGACAUUUGAUAUGAAUGAUAUAGAGGCAGCAAUUCAAGCCAUAAAGAAAUCUCUGGUUGUCUGUAACAAACAAAGACGAAAGAUCUCAAUAUUUGGCUCAUUCAGCCGCGAGGCCAGCAAGAGCAACUACACAGAAUUAUCUGAUGAGGAAAUUCAUGCAGAACUGUGUUAUGCUGAAUGCUUGUUGAUCAGAGCUCUACUUACAUUUGUACAAGAUGAAAACCUCAUCAGUUUUGUCAAAGGUGGUCUAAAAAUACGUGAAUGUUACAAAGUUUACAAAGAUUGUGCCAAACUUUUAGCAAACAGAAAGUUCGAGUCAGAGAAUCAAAAGAAGCAUUUUGAAAGUGGAGUUAAAAUGGGGGUCGGCUCAUUUAAUCUUAUGAUAUCAUUGUUACCAGGGAAGAUACUAAAGUUGUUAGAAUUUGUUGGAUUCUCAGGAAAUAAGCAACUAGGUUUACAAGAGUUGGAACAUGGCAGUGAACAAUUCUUCAGUCUUCGAGGACCACUCUGUUCAAUAAUACUUAUAGCAUAUCAUACUGUAGUAAGUUAUGUUUUAGGUUUAGCAGAUGGAGAUAUUCAAAUGGCAGAUAAAUUAUUAAAACCAUGUUUGGAACAUUAUCCAAAGGGUGCAUUGUUUCUCUUUUUUGCUGGAAGAGUUGAAGAAAUAAAGGGUCACAUUAAUCAAGCAAUAGAUAAGUUUGAGGAGUCUAUAGAAUCUCAGCAGGAAUGGAGACAGUUUCAUCAUCUAUGUUACUGGGAGCUUAUGUGGUGUCAUUGUUUUAAGGGGGACUGGUUGAUGGGUAUGAAGUAUGCGGAGAUACUGUGUAAAGAAAGUAGGUGGAGUAAAGCAACAUAUACAUACCAGAAGGCGGCAUUCCUCAUGAUGUGUGAUGAUCAGACUGAAGAAUCCAAAGAGCAUCUGCAAUAUCUCAUGGGAGAAGUUCCCAGGUUGAAGCAGAGAAUUGCAGGUAAAUCAAUACCAAUAGAGAAAUUUGCUGUGUUCAAGGCUAAGAGAUUUUCUGAGCAAAAUGGCUACCUCACUCUUCCAGCAUUGGAACUGAUAUACACAUGGAACGGGUUUAAUAUUAUUGGGACAAGGCAGGACCUUCUAGAACCAAUAAUGGUAACUGUGGAAACAACCAUUAACCAUAUACUACAUAAUAAAGAGAGUUAUAUGAACUAUGUGGAUGAUUAUUGUCUGGUGUUAUUGUUAAAAGGUGUAUGUCAGAAAUUUAGGGGACAAUUACUGCAGGCAGAACAGUGCUUCCUAGAAGUUAUUGAAAAUGAGAAAAAAAUCAAGUACGACACUUUCCUGCCACCAUAUGCCACAGUUGAAUUGGCCAUACUUUGUUUAGAACAGAAGCGUUUCAAACAUGUGAAGUCAUAUCUGGAGAAGGCCAAGAAAAACUAUAAAAGUUAUUUAUUAGAGUCCCGACUUCAUUUCCGUAUCCAUGCAACCAGACUGAGCCUCAGUCAACUAACUGGCGAGGACGUGGGAUCUGAUAUUCUAAAUGAUGGAGGUCAAUGUAGUCCAGAAAGAGAUAUCCCUCCAAAAACACCAGAUAGUACUUCAUUUGACAAUGCAGAAGCGGAUAACAGUUUCAAUGGGGGUACCAAGAAAACAAAUGGUGCGAUGGGAGUGUCGUGAUUUAUCCCUGUGUUAA